AUGGCGCAUUAUGCGAUUCAACAAGAUGUCCGUGAUACUGCCUCCUCUUCAAGAACGUAUACAAGACACGACGAUCGUGGUGAGUCUCACAACCGUCUUUUUCGAGAUUACUUUGCCGAGGAAUCGAAAUUUAAUGAGACUUUUUUUAGACAAUGGUUUCGUAUGAGUAGAUGGGGGUUUUCGGCUUUACAGAGAUGCACAUCUGCAGUUCGCAAGUUAGGAUACGGUAGUAAUCCCGACAGUUUAGAUGAUUACCUAAAUAUGUCGGAAAGAUCGUCACGUGACACCCUUAAUGCUUUUUGUGUUGGAGUCGUUAAGUUAUAUCGGCAUGAAUAUUUGCGUAGGCCAACGCGUACCGAUACGCAACGCAUUCUUGAUCAUCGUGCGUCUUAUCAUGGUUUCCCCGGCAUGUUAGGGAGUCUUGAUUGUACACACUGGGCUUGGGAUAAUUGUCCAGUAGCUUGGCGUGGCCAGUAUACGCGAGGUGAUCAUCACAAGCCGACGAUAUCGCUUGAAGCAGUUGCAUCACAGGAUUACGGCACAGCACCGUUGGUUCAUUGCACUGUAAAUGGAAUCGAAUAUCAAUACCCGUAUUAUCUCGUGGAUGAGAUCUACCCAAGAUAUGCGAUGUUUGUGAAAACGAUUUCCCAUCCAACCGGUGAGAAAAGGAUUCGAUAUGCUAAGACACAAGAGGCUGCAAGGAAGGAUGUGGAGUGA